UAUACUACAUACUGAAACUUAAUGUGUUUUGGCUUAAGCUGUCAUCGAUGAAGCAGUCACAGUUUGACCUCUGGGACGAGAAACUCAACGAGAAAAAGCAUCUCAAUUGAAGCGUUUUGCCUUAGUUUUUAAGGACAAAACAAGCCUUUGAGAGUUUCACGGAUAUUAAAUUGACUUAAAACCGUUCCUUUAAGAAUCUUUUGAAUACCUGUUGACUUGACGGUAUCGGAAACGAAUUGGAGAUUUUUGAGCUAUAUAGAGACCUUUAUUGUUGAAAAAUUUAAAGUGUUAAACACAAUUCAAUUCAAGUAAAUUUGGAAUUCACGUAAAUAACCAAAGUUUUACAAAGCAAAAUGGCCCAAAGAGUUACUUAUCGUCGCCGUUUGGCCUACAACACCCGUAGCAAUAAAACCAGAAUUAUUAAGACUCCCGGAAACAAAUUGCGCUACUUGCACAUUAAGAAAUUGGGAACUAUUCCUCGAUGCGGUGAUACUGGUGUUCCCUUGCAGGGUAUUCCUGCUUUACGUCCCCGUGAGUUUGCUCGUCUUUCCCAUAAUAAGAAAACCGUGCAGCGUGCUUAUGGUGGUAACUUGAGUGCCAAUGCUGUCAAGGACCGAAUUGUUCGUGCCUUUUUGAUUGAAGAGCAAAAGAUUGUUAAGCAAAAGUUGAAGCAAUUGGGUGCUAAGAACUAAGGAGUAUCACUUCAAUCUUAUGCCGUACAUGGUUAUUUCCUUUAUCCCGUGCGUGCUUACUUGUCCGCAUGCAAUGCGAGGUUUAAUAGAAAUACUAGCUUCGGCUGAUGAAUUCUGGGGAGAAACAAGGUAUAUAUGCGACUAUCUGACUUGUUAAAGAAGACUAGUUGCUAUUUGGUUUGUAUUUAUAUGUAUUCU